GGAGUAAUUUGGCUUCUCUGAUAGACUUUACUACUAAAGAAGCAUGUGCUGAUCAGCCAACAGGUUUUGGCAGUGGGAUUUCCCCAUUGUGCUUGAGUAAUGGCAGAAGGUCCAAUGGAACAGGAUUCCAGAGGUGUAGAUUUGAAUCCUCACUCUCCACUAACUGCAUCAUGAUUUUCGACAGGGUGGGCAGUCAAGAGAAGAUGGAUGUAAUUUGAAGGGGAACAAGAAGAAUCUGGAACCUACCAACACAAUCUGGAGUUAAUGAGGACAGACUUGUUGUAGGACUUUCUCCUUAGCUCAGCUAAAAACAGGGUCCUUGUCAUAUGGCCAGGAGAGAUUAGGCUCACAGACACUUUGAAGGAAACGGGAACACGUGUUGUUGAUGUUGAACAUGUACACACCUAGUGCAGAAGCCAGAGAAACUGAAGGAGGACCCAGGGGAAGGUGGAGAAGGCCUGGGUGUGCCUGCUGUGUGCCUGCUGCCUUACACCACAAAGGUCCUUGGAUGCGGCUCUGUUGCCCAAGCUAUUCUCAGUCGAGGACGUUUUGGAGGGGUCAUCACUAUCAAUGUUGGAUUUUCAAUGGCAGUUGCAAUGGCCAUUUAUGUGGCUGGCGGUGUCUCUGGUGGUCACAUCAACCCAGCUGUGUCUUUUGCAAUGUGUCUCUUUGGACGGAUGAAAUGGUUCAAACUGCCAUUUUAUGUGGGAGCCCAGUUCUUGGGAGCCUUUGUGGGGGCUGCAACCCUCUUUGGCAUUUACUAUGAUGGACUUAUGUCCUUUGCUGAUGGAAAACUGCUGAUCGUGGGAGAAAAUGCAACAGCACACAUUUUUGCAACAUACCCAGCUCCGUAUCUAUCUCUGGCGAAUGCAUUUGCAGAUCAAGUGGUGGCCACCACGAUACUCCUCAUAAUCGUCUUUGCCAUUUUUGACUCCAGAAACUUGGGAGCCCCCAGAGGCCUAGAGCCCAUUGUCAUUGGCCUCCUGAUUAUUGUCAUUGCUUCCUCCUUGGGACUGAACAGUGGCUGUGCCAUGAACCCAGCUCGAGACCUGAGUCCCAGACUUUUCACUGCCUUGGCAGGCUGGGGGUUUGAAGUCUUCAGAGCUGGAAACAACUUCUGGUGGAUUCCUGUAGUGGGCCCUUUGGUUGGUGCUGUCAUUGGAGGCCUCAUCUAUGUUCUUGUCAUUGAAAUCCACCAUCCAGAGCCUGACUCAGUCUUUAAGGCAGAACAAUCUGAGGACAAACCAGAGAAAUAUGAACUCAGUGUCAUCAUGUAGUGGCAUGCUCACCUCUGGAUUUGCAAUCAGUUUGGGAUUCUCUUCAGAAAGAUGGCAUCUAAGUGUCUGUGUUUUCGUAAGCCUGAGGUGGAAUCCACUCAGUUUUGUCUGCUAGCCAUAUGGGACACCUAAUUGGAAAAGCAUCUGAGUAAAAGUUUGGAAACACUGACGACUUCUCUACCAGUGUCCCCCACCCCCACCCCCCAGAAUAACACUGACCGUCCCCUGAAACAGCUUUCUCUCCUGCCCUGUUUAUUUCAUCCUUGAUGGGAAUUCUUCCUAGGUAAGCACUAAUAACUUGGCAUCUUGACGACAGUCUCAUUUGGGUGGUCUCAGCUGCACUAUCUGUAUGAAAUGGUGUCACCAAAACCCUUUUCUUCAGUAUCGACAAAGAUUACAUUCUGAGUAUCAACCAAACCCUAAAUUGAAAGACAAAACCAUGGUUUCAGUCAACAUAUUCAUGAAUUAGGGAGCUAAUGGGUUAAGCUUCUAGUUAUGCUGUGCUACUGGAUUUGUAUAAAUACUGAUAUUCUCCAAAUCUAGUGAUGUAGGGAGCAAGAGAACGCAGCUGGAAGGCACAAGGGGAGGACAUUGUGGCAUUCAGAAACUGCAGGAGACAAGAUGAAUUUGAGAAGCCAAAUGGAAUUUUUAAUGGAAACCAUUUAUCAGAUUAAUCUCUUGCUCUCCUGCAUUUUAGAGGACACCAAUUAAUUUCCUGUUCUUUAGUAUAUAAUAACCUAAAAUACAAUUGUAACCUCAGUCAUGAAAAAUACAUCACUCUGUCUUUUUAGCUCAAAUGUAUUUUCGUAAUUGCCCACUUGAGAACAGACAUUUGACAAGUUAUAUCAACGACUGUGCUUGUCCAUUAUUUUACACAUACCCUAGAAGUCAAAACUGAAAGCCACUGGAUCCUGGUCUAGCUGAAUCUUCAGAGUGGGAGUUCUCCAAAAAGAUAAUAUUACCUUAUUGGGCUUAACAAUUCACAAGGCACUUUCACACACAUCAUCUAAUUUAAUCCUCAUAAUGACUAUCUGAGGCAAAUGCCACAUUGCCCAUUUUUCAGAUAAAGAAACAAAAUCUUAGGGAAGAUAAGUUGAGCUGUCCAAGAGCACACAGAAAGUUGAACGUUAUCUAAUGCAUUCCUCUACCUUUCAGAACAUCAGUAGCUGGCUGAGAAUCUUUGCCAAAUCUUCCUGGCUGGCCAGAAGUGGAAUUGGCAGCUUCUAGAAUAUAUACACCUCUGGACAAAAUGUUUCUCAAUCUUAAGAUAGAAAGACUCUCAUUGUUUGGGUCUAUUCUCACACUUACUGAGUACGGAUGAAGGAAAGUGGUAUCAAUUUAAUCAUAAUUUUCAUUUGCUGAAAAACAUUAUCAGAAGGCCUCGCUUUCUAAGCCACCUCUGGUCUUGCUAAGUCUUGAUCUUCCUUCCUGCCAGCACCAAACAUUACAUUCAAGGGAUUUCCUCUGGUUCAGUCUUUUCCCCUUGAAGUUCUCUAAUAGAUGUUACUUUUGACAAAAGACCGCCUAUGAGUUACAAGCACCAGGGGAUGCCCUACAUCAAGGGAUGCACCUUCAGUCAAACUGUCAAAAAGCCCAGAAUUCCCAAAGGCAUUCGUUUUCCCAACUGCUUUAUGCUGAUAACAGAACAACAGAGAGCAAAUGUGAAAUGUUUCUGAUGACUUAUGUUCUACAAUCUAUGGACAUAUGGGAUUUUUUUUCUUGCUUUGAAGCUACCUGGAUAUUUCCUAUUUGAAAUAAAAUUGUUGGGUCAUUGUUGGUUGGUUGGU